UGGUCAUACUAGUAAAUAAAAUGGCGGGAGCUGUACACGAAUUUCAUUUAGUAAACAAAUUAUAUUUAUAAAAUGGUAAGAACACGGCCGGUGCCGUGUGUUCCGUCGCCAGAUGUGAACACCGCAACGAGACGCAAGCCCGGGCGUCCCAAGAAACUAUCCAUCGGAGCUGAUUUGAUCACAACAAUACGCAAACCCGGGCGUCCCAAGAAAUUGUCCAUCGGUGCUGAUUUGACCACAACGAUACGCAAACCCGGGCGUCCCAAGAAACUGUCCAUCGAAGCUGAUUUGACCACAACAAUACGCAAACCCGGGCGUCCCAAGAAACUAUCAAUCACACCACAAUCCUUGACAGCCCCAAACGUGCCAGAGUGUCGCAUAAGAAAAUGCGUGGUAAAAAUAAGGCGCAUUAAGGUAAAAAAUGCUGUCGCAUCCGAAGAUUCUCGAAAUGAUGCGCCUGAUGUGGAUGCCAGCACUUUUGAGCCGGCUCGCAAUUCGACGAUGUACGUUCCUUUGAAGGUACAGAAAUCAACGCAACCCCAAAUUAUCAAGGAGAAUGUGGCAGGUCCCGAAACAUCACCAGUUCAGCAACGCAUUAGGAGUACGAGCCCCAGUGGACCGGCAGCAGAGACUUCGCCCAAAAAGCCGCCUCGCUUCUUCCACAGAGAUCAGCCUUUAACCAGGACACGGUCAUCGGUGACCCGCAACGUUUUCGAUUUUUUGUCGCAGUCGCAGAUCGAAGAUGACAGUAAGAGGGAGGAUCCCGCGGCAGACAUAAUUCAGCGGUUGGUGAAGGAUGGAAAGGCCUGCGUAAUGGUGCGGUCAAGAAAAAUCGGCAAAACGAGAGCCAAGAGAACAGCAAAGAAGGUCCGACCUGUGGGUAAUCGAAGAAAGGUUUCGACAAAAGACAUUGAGCCUGAGCCAGUCAAGGUCGUCCCCAAGUCCAUAGAACCGCGCCUUCAAAAGCCAUCACGCUCUUUAUCGACCAUUUUCGAACCCGAGGAAGAUUUUAGCAACGAUUCUGAGCACGGAUACGUGCAGCCCAUCGAUGUGCCCGUUCAGAUACAUGUCGAACCGAGCACUUCUAAGCAAGCCCACGAAGGAGCCUACAGUAAUUUAGCCCGAUCCGUAAUGCUUAACCAGACUCAGGCGCAAAAUCCACUGCCAUCUACAGACAGACGUCGAGAACUUAUCAACAUGGCGCGACAAUUGGUUAGCACGCCGCUGAAUCGCAGAGCUCCUCCGGUGACAGAUGUUAGUGCCACCACCACUGCAUUGUCGCCUAUUGCCCACCAGUCUCCCAAUGCAGUUAGGACGGCGGCAGGCAAAUCCCCCUGGCGCGUUUCCGACGAAUCACCAUUGCCAAAUACUUUCAUGUUUGGUUUCAACACCUCUCAGAUGCCAUCGUACUCCAGUGAUCAUGUGCAGCGUCGGCAUGUCUAUGUGCCAGAUGCACCGGUAGAGCAAGCUGAUAACAUCCCACACGAGGAAUCCAUUUGUCCGCCUUUGCACGAGCAAAGUCAUGACUCAAAUGCGAACGACUCGAAUGAGGAGAACCGUCCCCCUCCUACAAUUAGCAAGUCGAUGUCGAUCAAUGACCAGGAAAGCGAAGAGAAUGUGGAGAACUUUGUGCACCUGCCGAAUCCUCGGAGAACGCUGCAGAAACGAACGCCUUUCAAGGAUAUUAACAUACUAGAAGUAGUGACUCUGCCGUCCUGGAAGAAGAACGUGACGACCAAUGUUUCAAAAGAAGUCACUCCUACCAGAGUGGCACCACGUCCAAUGGCGACGUCAUCCCCAGCGCAACGCAGUCAAACGCGGUCGAAUCUGUUUGGUUUCGACGAUGAUUUGGCAUGCGAAGAUAUACUUACAAAGUCAACUACUCCCUCAAAAGGUAUCGCUCCCACCAGUGUGUCCUUUAACCGAGAAGUUACUCCUGCUUUAGCUAAUCGUAGUCAAACGCAAGUAAAUACUUCCGAAUGCAACGAAAUAUUGCCCUGUGAAAAUAUACCAAAAGAAAAGGAAACGAAUACGGAAGCACGAACGUCACCUUCACGAAACCUCUUUGGAUUCGAUGAAUUUAUCACCGAAGAAGAUUCACCGGCCAAUUCCACGGGGCUGAGUCAAAAUGUAAAUCUGCAUGAUAAGCUCCAUCGUCUUGCGGAGCUGCGACCCAGAGAUGGGGAGCUUCCACAAGUAUCAUACACCUCUAUUCGUUCGGAUUGCCUGGGCGAAUCUCAUUCGAAGCAAACGGACAUCAGAUACAUGUUGUGCUCCACUAUGAUUGCGCCGCCCCGACCGGCGAAGCGGAAAGCAGCUGCACCCACUGCUAGGGAAUCGAUGGGAUUGUUUAGGGUUGACCAGGACGAGCCGGAGCAAUCAUUUGCCGAUAAGAAACCCAGACGAACCUAUGUGAAGGAGCGUCCGCAGCGUAAGCGAAAGAAGCGAGUGCAGAUAUUGUACAUCGAAAGCGGAAGUGAGGACGAGGACGAGCAGGACUCGCACGACAAGAGCUUAGAUUCUCCGGAGAAGAAGCGGCAUCACGUUAAACGGCCACGCAGAGACAUCGAGCAUGAGGCUAAGUUGGAGCAGUUCAUCACCAGUUUCAACAAGCAAUGCGAGGAAGUGGAGAAGUUCCCAGUGAUCGUUGAAUAAUCGCAUUGCCUGUUUAUUAUUUAUAUUUUUUUUGUGUCGCUGAUAAGGGGAAGUAAUCGUUUUUAAUUUAAUGUGCUUUCGUUUUUAUGAGUUAUUUGUGGUACCUUAUUGUUUUGUGUAUAAAUGUAUGUAGGAAGAUUGCGUUUCCUCGAAUAUUUAUAAGGACAACAGUCUAAAUGUGUCGCUGUAAAAACUAACAAACUUUAUGCAAUUCUAGGUUAAGCUAUGCAUGUAUUUUUACUAUCAAAAGCUUUGAUUGUGUACAGCUUUGAUGUUUCGGUAUUAUGGCCUAUCAUGAACUAAAUUAAAUAAAUUAAAAACCUUAACAAUUAUAA